ACGCUUUUGCACGUAAUGAAUACUGGGUUGGCAAGCUGGUUCGGUUCAGCCCGGCAGGCCCAAACAACAAAAACCAGCAAUCCAUCGGCUUAUCGGGCACCCUUUAAAUAUUACUAUUACGACCUGGAAACCCUAGACUUCGCGGCAUAUGCAAAUCGGGGCUUUGCUUUUCCAUCUCUAGCCAUGGCAGAUGCUGAGGUCAAUGUUGCUGCGUCAGGCCAGCCAAAGAAGAGAACGUUCAAGAAGUUCAGUUUCAGAGGAGUGGAUUUGGAUGCUCUCUUGGACAUGUCCACUGAUGAGCUUGUCAAGCUCUUUCACGCUCGUGCUCGCAGAAGGUUUCAGCGAGGUUUGAAGAGGAAGCCAAUGGCGCUGAUCAAAAAGCUUCGCAAGGCGAAAAGGGAGGCUCCACCUGGUGAGAAACCUGAGCCUGUUAGGACUCACCUCCGCAACAUGAUCAUAGUGCCUGAAAUGAUUGGUAGCAUUAUUGGUGUUUACAAUGGCAAGACUUUUAAUCAGGUUGAAAUCAAGCCUGAAAUGAUAGGCCAUUAUUUAGCUGAGUUCUCCAUCUCUUACAAGCCUGUGAAGCACGGAAGACCUGGUAUUGGUGCUACCCACUCAUCCAGGUUUAUUCCUCUCAAGUGAAGAUGUUGCAUGUGCCAUGAACCACUGGUCUCGUGGGAGUGCUUUAUUAUCCUAGUUUAAAUUGGCAUUUGUUUUGCUGCUUUUUUGUUUUUAACAUGUUACCUCACGUUGAAUGAGAGUUGGAAUGUCAACCAGUUUAUUUAUUUAUUUUUUUUUUGGGUUAAUGAAUUAGAAAUAUUGCCUUGAUAUCUAUAUGGAGAAAGAAAAUGGUCCACAUCAUUUUUAGGAGAGAUCUAUAAUUUACUAGCCAGAACAUAACUUUUGCAUCAGCAGAGCUUCUGAUGAUUCUUCUUAUGGAAUGGAAGUGACAUUCAGAUCAA